GAACCAAUGUAAAAUUUGCCAUUUGUCGUAAACCGUAGAGUUGUUGCACGGGAAGAAAGGGAUCGUAAACAACGAAAUUCGCACCCUCUUUCCAUCCGAGUUCCCUCCCCAGCACUCUAUUCGACUAUAUUGAUUUGAUGACUCAUCUCAUCAACAAUACUGCCUAAGGACGUGCUGUGGCUGCUCUCUCAGCCUUCUACUCGGAUUGGUUAUUUCUUAAGUUGACUUUCUGCGCAGGUUUCAAGCCCGAUCUUUGAAACAGUGCUACGAUUUUAGUGAGAAAUGGCCGCGGUUCGUAACCGGGUGUGGCAAUUAACCCGAUUAGCAGCUUUCGGGGCUUCGAAAUCCAAAGUUUCGUAUCCGUUGGAAAGAGCAAUAUACGAUCCAUUCCAUGUUUGUGGCUCAAGACAUUUUUCUCAAUUGGUGAAAUCCAGCGGAAAACGCUUGUUUCUUGUUGACACCUUGGCUCUUGUUAGGAGACUCGAGGGGGAAGGUGUACCCUCAAAGCAUGCUGAGGCAAUAACUGCUGCUAUAACUGAAGUUUUGAAUGAUAGUCUUGAAAAUGUGUCUCAAUCGUUAGUAUCAAAAGGAGAAAUGCAGAAAACUGAGAUGAUGCAAGAAGCCAACCUGUCCAAGUUUAAAGCCGAGGUGCAGAGCUCACAGGGACAUCAUUUUUCUCUCUUACAACAUGAGACUGAGAAGCUUAGGAAUGAUAUAGAGAAGAUGCGCAGUGAAUUGAGAUAUGAGAUAGAUAAAGUCACUGCUGGGCAACGAUUAGAUUUGAACCUUGAAAGGGGGAGAAUUAGGGAGGAACUGUCUAAUCAGAGUGCUGAAACUAACAACCUGACAAACAAACUUGAUAGAGAGAUCCAUUCUUUAAGAGCACAACUAGAGGCAGCCAAAUAUGAUGUGAUAAAAUACUGCAUAGGAACACUUGUUUCAAUCUCUGCUGUUGGCCUUGCUGUUUUACGGAUCUUGAUGUAAAAGGAUUGUAUUUCCAAUUAACAUCCACAAAAAUGAGGUGGAAAAGAAUCAAAUAUUAACUGCUUUGAAGAUGUAUGUUAUGUGUAAGAAAACAAUUGCAUUACAAUACUAGUGGAACCUUUUUCUUUUUUAACUUUUUUGUGGAGCUGAAGGAAUUAGCUCCCAUUAGGCACGAAAUGGGCCUGUUUUUUAAGCCCCAUUCUUUCUGUAUUCUUUUGUUUAUUUAUUUGCCAUGCCUUUUGGAUAUUUGGGCAAUUUGUACGUGGCAGUAUGGUAUGAAUACAAACACCUUGGAUUAUAAU